AUUCAAGAAAAAUUUUCCUCCUGCAGAAAUAAAAUAAAAAUUCCACUAAAAUCAGAAAUAUUUUUAACGAUGUACAAGAUGGGAAAUGUAUGCAAUUAUACUAUUUUCCACGACACAUGAAAUUAUAUAGUUAAAAAAUAAUUUACAAUAUUCUUUUUCGUUCUAAUAAUAAAAAAAGUGUUUAUUCUUUUCCAUCGUCUAUAUAGAGUGAUUUAUGGGGAUAAUUACACCUGAAGGAAUCAAUCGUCAUCAAAAAACAAGAAAAUUCAACGAGAAAACAAAAUGGAUAAAUCGAUUAGAAAAAUUUCGUCAGGCGAAAAAUGUGCCUUAGAUCAUAAUAUUUUAAGCAAACAACCAACUCUACAGCAUCUCACGAAAAUGGCACCUGUUGACAUUGAAUUCACGGAUCUCACUUAUUCAGUGCCGACUGGCAGAAAAGGUUCAAAAAUGAUAUUAAGAGGUGUCAGUGGACAAUUUAAAUCUGGAGAACUAACUGCAAUUUUGGGUCCAUCUGGAGCAGGAAAAUCGACUCUUCUAAAUAUUUUAGCCGGUUACAAGUGUGAAGGAUCAAAUGGAUUAAUUUCCAUAAAUGGACAACCGAGAGAACUUCGGCAGUUCAAAAGAUCGUCAUGUUAUAUAAUGCAGGAAGAUUUACUUCAGCCUAGACUUACUGUCCUUGAAGCUAUGCGUUUUGCUGCAGACCUUAAACUCGGAAACAGGUUGACACCAAGUGAAAAAUUAUCGGCAAUUAAUGAGAUUAUUGAUGUACUUAGACUGAAGAAAGCCAUAAAUACAAUAACAGAAAGAUUAUCCGGUGGUGAAAGGAGAAGACUUUCGAUUGCUCUCGAGUUAGUGAAUAACCCUCCAGUAAUUUUUCUCGACGAGCCAACAACAGGUCUGGAUGAAUUGUCUUCAGUUCAAUGUAUAGAUUUAUUGCAAAGGGUGGCAAAAGGUGGAAGAACCGUAAUUUGUUCAAUUCACACACCGAGUGCGAGUAUUUUUGCAAAAUUCCAACAUGUUUAUAUUGUUGCAAAAGGACAAUGCGUUUACAGAGGACACGCUGGAAAUGUUGUUCCAUUUUUACAGAAUAUUGGCAUUGAAUGUCCAAGACAUUAUAAUCCUGCUGAUUUUGUGAUAGAAGUUUCGUCCGGAGAAUAUGGCAGUGAUUUAGUUGAAAGAAUGAUCGGUUAUGUUGAUACAAUAUCGCCGAUCACACCAAUUGUUAGAAUUGAAUAUUUUCAAUCGGAACUUGAACAAGAAAUAACAAAAAUUUCAUGGUGCGAUCAAUUUCGAAUACUCUUGAGUAGAAUGAUGCUCCAGCUCUAUAGAAAUCGAAAUUAUUUGUACCUGAAGUUAUGUUUGCACAUAUUCCUUGGUGUUAUCAUCGGUAGUCUAUUUUUGGGAAUAGGCAACGACGGUUCGAAAACACUCUUCAAUUUUGGCUUUUGUUUCACGUGUCUAAUUGUUUUCCUCUACAUUCCCAUGCUUCCGGUAUUAUUGCACUUUCCUUCGGAAGUUCAUCUCAUAAAAAGGGAACAUUUUAACAGAUGGUACGAUCUCAGUCCAUACUUUUGUGCUCAUACACUUUCCAGUAUCCCAGCUCAGAUAAUCCUUGGUUUUAUUUACUUAUCAAUGGUCUAUUUAAUAACGGGACAGCCUCUCGAAACUUAUAGAUGUGUAAUGUUCUUCAGCACGUGUUUAGUUUCUGCAUUAAUCUCAGAAACAAUGGGAUUUGCAAUAGCCAGUACAUUAAACAUCGUGAAUGGAAUAUUUUUGGGACCAGCUUUGACAGUGCCUUUAAUGUUACUUUCCGUGCAAGGAAUGGGAAGUACCGAGCCAUUGCCAAUUUAUCGAACAUUUGUCAUGUAUUUGAGUUACAUUCGCUAUGGUCUUGAGGGACUCAUAACCGCCACUUACGGUUAUAAUAGACAAAAAUUGCCCUGUCCAAAUGACGAGAUUUACUGUCACUAUCGAGUGCCUCGAGAAUUAUUACGUAUUUUGGGUAUGGAGAACGUAAUUUUUUGGGUGGACUUUGUAGCUCUGAUUGUGACUCUAAUUUUAUUUAAAGCCCUCACGUAUUAUUUGCUCCGACAACGUUUGCAGCCGAACAAAACAUUCCGGGCACUUCACUUGAUUGGCAGACUUGUCAAAAAUUAUUUUAGUAUUCAAUGAUUAAAUGAUGGAUAGGAAUCAUAAAUUUUUUACACACAAAAAGAAAGUUUUCUUUUUUUUUACAAAAAAGAAAAUUAAUAAUUUAAAUUACGUUAAAAACUAUACUUAUUUAAAUUAUUAAAA